UUGCGGUUCUCACGCCCCUUCGGUGGGGAGGGGGUGUUUAACCCGAGGCCUUCGGUCCUUCGGUGUCUUGUGAGUGUUCUGUGUAGGUACAUGUUCUGCUCUUAAGUUGAUAAAUAGACAUAUAUCGAGCGUGUCCACGUCUCCUCACCGAUCCUUAGGAGUCCUUUGGCACCAUGUCCUGUGUGCAUUAUAAAUUCGCUUCCAAACUCAACUAUGACACCGUCACCUUUGAUGGACUGCACAUCUCCCUCUGCGACCUAAAGAAGCAGAUUAUGGGGAGAGAGAAGCUGAAAGCUGCCAACUGCGACCUGCAAAUCACCAACGCGCAGACCAAGGAAGAAUAUACUGAUGAUAAUGCUCUGAUUCCUAAGAAUUCAUCUGUAUUUGUUAGAAGAAUUCCUAUUGGAGGUGUUAAAUCUACAAGCAAGAGGUACGUUAUAAGUCGACCUGAACCAGUGAUGGGAACUUCAAAAGCAAUUGAUGACUCUUCUGCAUCUAUUUCUCUGGCCCAGCUUACAAAGACUGCCAAUCUGGCUGAAGCCAAUGCUUCUGAAGAAGAUAAAAUUAAAGCAAUGAUGUUGCAAUCUGGCCAUGAAUACGACCCAAUCAAUUACAUGAAGAAGCCUCUAGGUCCACCACCUCCAUCUUAUACCUGUUUCCACUGUGGUAAACCUGGCCAUUCUAUUAAGAAUUGCCCAACAAAUGGGGAUAAGAACUUUGAACCUGAAGCAUAUGCAAUUGGGAAGAAAGAAAAGCCACCUUUCUUACCAGAGGAGCCCUCUCCAUCUUCUGAAGAGGACGACCCUAUCCCAGAUGAGUUGCUGUGUCUCAUCUGCAAAGACAUCAUGACUGAUGCCGCUGUCAUUCCCUGCUGUGGAAACAGCUACUGUGAUGAGUGUACUACGGAAACAGUUACCCCCACCACCACCCCCAAUACCGCCUCCGAGAUCACUCCUUCAGCGGAAUCUACAACCUCUGAUGAGAUCUCCAAUAUCAAGACAACAAGAUCCUCUGAUGAUUCCAGUGAUGUCUUCAUCAGGCCACCCGGCUCCCUCUAUAUCUUCAUUAACUUCUAG